AUGAAUGGAACGAAUGGAAUGAAUGGAAUGAAUGGAACGAAUGGAAUGAAUGGAACGAAUGGAAUGAAUGGAACGAAUGGAAUGAAUGGAACGAAUGGAAUGAAUGGAACGAAUGGAAAGAAUGGAACGAAUGGAAUGAAUGGAACGAAUAGAAUGAAUGGAACGAAUGGAAUGAAUGGAACGAAUGGAAUGAAUGGAACGAAUGGAAUGAAUGGAACGAAUGGAAUGAAUGGAACGAAUGGAAUGAAUGGAACGAAUGGAAUGAAUGGAACGAAUGGAAUGAAUGGAACGAAUGGAAUGAAUGGAACGAAUGGAAUGAAUGGAACGAAUGGAAUGAAUGGAACGAAUGGAAUGAAUGGAACGAAUGGAAUGAAUGGAACGAAUGGAAUGAAUGGAACGAAUGGAAUGAAUGGAACGAAUAGAAUGAAUGGAACGAAUGGAAUGAAUGGAACGAAUGGAAUGAAUGGAACGAAUUGA